GAGUGAUAUUAACUUGAUAUAAAAGUGAUGACACUUUAUGGAUAGGCCUUAUUGCAAAAGUUGUAAGACACUCAGAAACAAUGGCCAAGCUAUUGUAUAUAGUUACAUUGGUGAUUCUGUGCACUGUGAUUGGAGCUGAAGCUCGAAAAUGUUACGUGUGCCGUAACUGCCGUGAUGUAAACUCAAGCCAACAACAAACAUGUCCCAGCAAGAAGCCUACUACAGCUUCCACAGUAACACCGACUGGAACCACCGGCACUCCCACAGUAACACCGACUGGAACCACCGGCACUCCCACAGUAACACCGACUGGAACCACCGGCACUCCCACAGUAACACCGACUGGAAGCACCGGCACUCCCACAGUAACACCGACUGGAAGCACCGGCACUCCCACAGUAACACCGACUGGAAGCACCGGCACUCCCACAGUAACACCGACUGGAAGCACCGGCACUCCCACAGUAGCACCGACUGGAAGCACCGGCACUCCCACAGUAGCACCGACUGGAAGCACCGGCACUCCCACAGUAGCACCGACUGGAAGCACCGGCACUCCCACAGUAGCACCGACUGGAAGCACCGGCACUCCCUCAGUAGCACCGACUGGAAGCACCGGCACUCCCACAGUAGCACCGACUGGAAGCACCGGCACUCCCACAGUAGCACCGACUGGAAGCACCGGCACUCCCACAGUAGCACCGACUGGAAGCACCGGCACUCCCUCAGUAGCACCGACUGGAAGCACCGGCACUCCCACAGUAGCACCGACUGGAAGCACCGGCACUCCCACAGUAGCACCGACUGGAAGCACCGGCACUCCCACAGUAGCACCGACUGGAAGCACCGGCACUCCCACAGUAGCACCGACUGGAAGCACCGGCACUCCCUCAGUAGCACCGACUGGAAGCACCGGCACUCCCACAGUAGCACCGACCGGAAGCACCGGCACUCCCACAGUAGCACCGACUGGAAGCACCGGCACUCCCUCAGUAGCACCGACUGGAAGCACCGGCACUCCCUCAGUAGCACCGACUGGAAGCACCGGCACUCCCACAGUAGCACCGACUGGAAGCACCGGCACUCCCACAGUAGCACCGACUGGAAGCACCGGCACUCCCUCAGUAGCACCGACUGGAAGCACCGGCACUCCCACAGUAGCACCGACUGGAAGCACCGGCACUCCCACAGUAGCACCGACUGGAAGCACCGGCACUCCCACAGUAGCACCGACUGGAAGCACCGGCACUCCCACAGUAACACCGACUGGAAGCACCGGCACUCCCACAGUAACACCGACUGGAAGCACCGGCACUCCCACAGUAACACCGACUGGAAGCACCGGCACUCCCACAGUAACACCGACUGGAAGCACCGGCACUCCCACAGUAACACCGACUGGAACCACCGGCACUCUUGCUAACAAUCCCACGUCUACACCAACUGACAAUAAGUUCUUGUUACGAAGACGACGAUCUUUACUAUCUAUAAUGGAAGUAAGAGACAGUGAUGACUCCGAAUCUGAAGCUCAGUGUGCAGUAGCAACUUUUAUGGAAAACGGCAAGGAAGUUGUUUCUCGUGGCUGCUAUUACCCAUCAGAAGAAGAACAAUGUCGUGAUCUUGCUGGAUCCGGAACAGAUAUUACAACAUGUAAAAUUUGCAAAGAAGAUCUUUGCAACGCCUCUGCAAAACCUGUGAUUGGCUUUACGUUAAUGACCGCUUGUUUCAUGUCCUCAUUAUAUUUCUAUUUAGCACGUUAAUUAAUAAAUAACAUGUUUUUUUUUU